UCUCUCGCUCUCUCCUUGGCGCUGUUUCUCUGAUUUCACCAGAAUUUUUUGUUGUUGUUUCGUUUGGUAAAUAAGUAUCUGAUUUUGCUUUUGAAUCGCCAUUGAUUGAACCGUUUGACUCCGAUCUCAUUAUCUGUCGGUGUGAAGGUACUAAUAAUCUUCUCACCAAGCGUCCUGUUUCUCGAUCAUUUGCGUAGGCUAGGUCGUUCUCGUUUUGAGCUUUUUGUUAUCUCUGGGAAAUUAGACGGUGCAAGAGAUCUUAGAAUCAUGGGUAUUGAAGCAUUGGCGGUUUUAAUGCAACAUUGAUCUCAAUCGGUGAGCUCAAGUUCUGUUUUUUUUAGAUAUUCUUUCCAAAAUUGGAAUUUGAAGAGAUGUCAAGUAAAGCUUGGAGAUGGGUAUUGGGGUUGAUAUACCUACUUGCCGUUGCCACAAUUUGGAUUGCAGCCAGUUUUGUAGUCCAGUCUGUGGUGGAUGCUGGUGUUUCUCCCUUCUUGAUCACUUUCAUUUGUAAUUCAUUGUUCGUUGUUUAUCUCCCCCUUUUUGAGAUCGGUCGAUAUCUUGAAGAUGCAUAUGGGAGUUUAUUGUUUUGGAGAAACAAAAGGUCGCAUUUAAUGGAACUGGUCGAAUCAGAGACGGCUGUUUUGCUUGGACAAGAUGUUCCAGGUGUGAAAUCAGAUGCAUCUGAGAGUCCAGGGCUUGUCGUGAGAGAGGAAGGGGUUAGUGAGGUUGGUGGUGAUGGAAUUGAAUCUGCAUUGGAAAAUAUACAGCUUGAGAUUGAUGCUAGUGUCAGUGUUAGUGGUGAAGCCGGUGUCAUCUGUAGCAAGGGGUUAGAUGAGAAGGGACGUUGGACACGGAUGCGAGUUGCUAAAGUUAGCCUUAUGAUUUGUCCGUUUUGGUUUUUGGCACAGCUUACUUUUAAUGUCUCUCUCAAGUACACAACAGUUACGUCAAAUACCAUCUUAAGCAGUGCGUCAAGCCUUUUCACCUUUCUUGUGUCACUAAUGUUCUUAGGCGAGAAGUUCACAUGGUUGAAACUCUUCAGUGUUCUUCUUUGUAUGUCUGGGACCAUAAUUGUAAGUAUGGGUGACUCAGAAUCCAACUCUAGUGCAACAGCUAAAAACCCUCUUUUGGGAGAUAUUCUUUCACUGAUCUCAGCGGCGCUAUAUGCUGUCUACAUCACUCUUAUACGCAAAAAGCUUCCUGAUGAUGAUGAAAGAAACGGUCGGGUCAGUAUGGCUCAGUUCCUUGGGUUUCUGGGUCUCUUCAAUUUCUUCAUUUUCCUUCCUCCUGCUCUAAUCCUCAACUUCACAAAGCGAGAACGCUUCAAUACACUAACCUUGAAACAAUUUGGUCUAGUUGUUGGCAAAGGUUUGUUAGAUAAUGUGCUUAGUGACUACCUAUGGGCAAAAGCAGUACUACUGACAACGACCACAGUGGCAACAGCUGGGCUAACCAUUCAGGUUCCAUUGGCAGCUAUUGUAGACAGCUUAUCAGGGAACAAGCCAAGCUUCACAGACUACAUUGGUGCUGCAGCUGUAAUGGUUGGCUUUGCAGGAAUCAAUAUUCCUUCAGAGAUGUUUUGCAGGUCCAAAGAGACUGCUAUUGAGUUGGAACCCGGGACGUCGUUCACAGAUCCUCCUCAGAUUGUUACGGAUAGCGUUAGAGUAGAUUCUUCAGAGAUUGUAGUGUCUUAGUUUUUCCAAAUUCAAUAGCCACUAUUAUUUUUAUCUUUUUUUCUCUCUUGUUUUCCACUUUUACACCUUUUUUGGUGGUGAUUACUGUUUACUAUGUAAAUCAUCGAGCAUGAUAUACGAGAAAUAUAGGUGGGAAAAUAGUAAUAAAUCGUUCAAGAUUCUGACU